CUCAAAGCAUCAAUCAAUUGCCGUCACCGAGCAAAGAUGCAACUCAAUCUUGGAGCGAUUUUCCUGGCCCUGCUGGGAGUCCUUGCCACGGCUCCUUUCACCAUUGCAGAGCCCCAUCGUCAGCAGGGACCCAUUUUCGAUACGAGGCCGUCGCCCUACAAUCCAAACCCACCGCGGGGUGGUCGUGGCUACUGAGCAGGACUGAAUGCUGAAUAAAGGAUAGCGAAUUCUGACAACGUUAACACAUUGAGUAAUUUAAUGCAAUUAAAGGAAAACUGAACAUCAAAA